AAGCUAGUAAAUUAAAGAUUGGAUAUUAAAAAUAUAAAAGAUGAACAACAUAACCUAUAAUCAAUAUACGACAAACUUUCAGUUUCUUUCUGUUUGUCACUACAUCACAAGUUUUGGUCUAUUUUUUUACAAUCAUAAUCUAAUUCCCCUGGAUCGUCGAAAUCAUUCUUCGUGUGUUUUGAACACAUUUUUUGACUACAUUCACAAUUCGGAAAAUGAAACCGAAACGAAACUUCAACUUUUACGAAAAGUAUUAAAAGGAAGUGAUCUGUACGGUGGGGGAGAAAAUGAAACACUUGACAUGAAAUACUUGAACGAAACAUAUCAGUACAUCAUUAGUAGUGCUCUUUUUUCUCACUAUGGCAACAUUUACGGCUAUUUAGCUCAAAUAAUAAAUCGAUCUGACAACAUAACCUACUUGGCACUCAAGGAAAAGGUAUUUCAAGAACUUUCGAAAACUUACAUCAGUCGUGAUUAUUGUUCCUCAAGAUAUGAAAGUUUUGCUCUCACCAAUUUGACAAUUAAUAAAGUUUUCAAUGAAUAUAUUUGGUCAAUGUUUCCCGAACCAGAAAAAAAUAAUAUGGAAAUAAUGGACAUUAAUUAUAUUUACGCAAUGAUUGGUUUAAAAAUCGCCCGUUCUGUUCAGGCGGACAGUGGGAAUUUAUCUUUCGACAGUUAUAUUCUUUUAUCCCAAGGUAUUGAAAUUCAGACAAUCGAUGACGAAUCAUAUCAACUGGCUAUGGAAUUAUUCGCAACGCCGGCUUUAUUUUAUUAUGCUUCUAAAGAAAGGGAGAAUUUUUCCAAAAAGGAUAUAUCAGUCCUGAUAAAUAGUAACAAAUUUUGGCAAGAGGCAUUCGAAACAUUUUUCCACUUUCUCAAUUUUUCUCUACAAACAACUAUUAGAAGUGAUUAUGAGAAAAGUCUCCAUUAUAAAUUAGAAAUGGAACUAAAAAGUCUGGAAAAUCGAACACAUAUUGCCAGUAAGAUACUAAAGACAGUUUGUAAUUAUUCAAGUUAUGAAGAAAUUCCGUCAUUUUUUGUAAAUGUGUAUAAAACUUCGCAAUUUAUGUUGACAUAUGUUCUCCCCGAUAGAUGUCAAUUUAAGUCAUUUCCCAAUUUGGAAAAGUUAUAUAAUUCUCAGUUUGAGUAUUUAACUAAGUUAUUUAAUGAGAUUGAACAAAAUUCGUUGGAGAGGGUCCUCGUUAACGGAAAAUUGAUCGAAAAAAUGAAUUCGAAUGCAAGUGUGAAAUUUGCAAGUGUUCCAAAUUAUGAAAUGCAUUGUAUGUACUGUGCACCAUUGCCAAGAAAGAUGAACAGUGAUAUAUAUUUAUUGUUCGCAAUAACCGAAAACGAAGAAACGGAUUUUUAUGCCAUUAGACAGGAGAACAAUACUUUGACUUUACUUUCAAGUAGUGUAGACGAACCGGAAUUUUCCAGAGCAGUCGCUAAUGUGUCAUUCUUAAGAAUGGAAGUUACAAUUUUCUCCCGAUUUCUUAAAAAACGUGGUGAAGAUUACAGAGUUUUUAUUCAAAGGAUUGCGGAUAUUAAGACCGAACAAUUUGUACAGGGUCUGAAGAAUUAUUACCUAGAUCCAACCACUGGGGAGAAAGUAAUAGAUUUCAUGAAAUCAUUAGUGCCAUUUUAUACCUGUAUUGAAAGUAUAAAAUCCGGAAAUGAGGCAGGUGCUGUAUUGAGCUGUAGUCUUGAUAUCUUGACACUUCUUCCAGUGGCUGGAGUUGCUGCAAAGUACUCUACUAAAUUAUGGAGUACAUUUUUAGUUGAAAUAGGAAAUCAAGCCUUUUGGAGUCUGCCAAAAUUGUCGAUCAGGGGAAUGGGUCAAAUUUAUAGAGCAGUUUCUCGAAGUCUAACGGAGGAAAUUCUAACCAGACAACUUCUGAGGGACUUCACUGUCGCCUCCCUAAGAACACUGGAUCCUGGUUUUGAACUAUCAUUUCAAAUCGGUAGAUUCUCGAGUCAAGUUCUACGAAGAAUGUUCCAGAGUUUGUCGUCAAGAUUAACGACAAUUUCGAAGAAUCUUCUGCUGCCAGUUGAGUCGACAAUGAAUGUCCUUAGAAAUCCAAAUUUAUUGCCUGAUGAAACAGCACUUGUGCCAAAGGUUAUUGAUCAGAAUAAUUAUAACAUGGUCAGAUAUCUUUACCCCGGGGGUUCGAAUUAUUUUGGACCUAAGUGCUUAACAUCGUUUGGAAAAGUUGCCGAAAUGAGAACAAUCGAAGGAAACACUUUUCAAGUUCCCGUUGUUCCAUUAAAAUCAUCCGGUAGUUCAGUCCACUAUCAAGAAUACAAUCCCAAAACUGGUAAAGUUUCUAAAGAAAAACUCGAAAUUGGUAGAGAUGAUAUUCUCCGAAGAGUUGGAAUUUACAUUCAUCAAGCAGCAGCGGAAGGAAAAGAUAUCACUGUCGUACGUAAUUAUCACGUAUAUCAUAAUACAAUGGAGUGGCAUCCACAAGCAAAGGAAAACCUGAACGAUAAUUUCAACCCACCUACAGAAGGAGAUAAUCCGUCUUCGAAUUUGGAGCCUUCUUCAGAAGAUUUACCAACUGAUAACACUCCCAAGACAUCUAAAACACCCGAAAAUUCCCAUAUCCCCCUUCAUGGACUAGAUACACAACAAACGUUUGCCUUAUUGAAAAAAUUCAAAAAAAACGGAUUAUCAGCUUUAAAGGAAGACAAAGAAUUACUACAGUUUCGACGAAUGGUAAAUUCCAUCGAUUCUUAUCAAACAAUGCAGAAAGUCGAACAAACAAGAGACCUUUGGAUAAUCCAGGAACAAACGCGACCAUCAAUUGUAAACCUAUUGAAAAACCUCAAAGAAAAGCAAUUCUAUUUUAAUGAUAUUACCCUCGUAACCGAUAUUCCUCCAAGUGAAAUAAUUCUCAAGAAGAAAAUAAAAUUUUCUUUAAAAACAGAAGUUCGUUAUCACAUAAAAGUCAAUUCUCAAUACGGAUUUAUCAACCUAGCUGCAGUUAAUAAAGAUUUCAUGAAUCAAUAUCUCGUAUUUCCAGAAGUCGACUUCUUUGUAACUGACACAAAAUUUGUAAAUGGAAAAGAAAUUUUAAUUGUAGAAUUAAAACACUGGUCAUUGAAAAAGGAACAAUGGAUUAAAAUUAGAGAGAGGGAUAAUAUGUUACUUGACAAUAGACAAAUAGUAGAAACCCCCAGGGGAGAGAGUGUUGAAAAAGCUGCCCUCUUCAUAUCGACAAAUACACCCUUAAAAAAAUUCUCCGAAUCGGAAACUUUUUUGAAACAAUACAUUCUAAAAUUAGUCGAAGACAAUACAGUUCCUAGUUAUGAUUCAUUAGCGAGAGAUAUUUACGCCGGUACAACAUUACCGGAAAAAUAUAAUAAAUGGAAAAUAAAGAAUCACAAAUUCAUCGAUGAUGUUCUAUAUCAGAAAAAAUUGCAACAGGUUGAUAAUUUAAAAUCUGCGAAACGUACUAUUAACAAAAUAUAUGGAGGUAUUUACAGUCAGAAAGUGGACCCCGUAUUUGAAAUUUAUCAUAAUUCACCUACAAUUAAAAAUCUUGUUCGAUUUGAGGAUUUCUACAUUAUCUUUUCGUUGUCAUUUCAAAAUUUUUUACUUGAUGUUAAUGCAUAUAGACGUAUAACUGCAACAAUGUUAAGACUCGCGCUAAGACAAUCAGCGUAUGCAGAGAAAUUAAAUCCAGUUAAAAUUUACUAUUCGAUUAAUCUUGCUGUUGAUGAAUUCGAUGAAUUGAUAACAUUAAAAACUGGUAGUGACUUAAUGUUCACACAUGUGCAAGCAUUUCAAAACAAUCGUGAAUAUGUAUUGAAAAAUGCAGGAGAAACAAAAGCAUCUGACACUUUAGUUUUGUAUGAAUUAGAAGUAACAAAUCGAGCUUGUUUUGUUGAUCUUAGUUCAAUUUUUGAUGAUCCAAAUGGACAAUUCUUUGUACUAGCAGAUACUGCACUUAGGAUAAUGAAUAGAAGAAAGGAGAUAAUUAGUGGACGUAAUGUUUUUGUCGUUACACUUCAAGAUGAUAUGUUAUUGACAGAGGAAAGAAUCGUCAACACAGUAAAUAUGUUACAUAGUCUACUUUCUAAAGACACUAAAUUUUAUUACAAUGAUUUAAAAAAACGUAACUAAUUGAAAGUAAUUAUUAAUUUUUUUAUCGUUUAGAUCGGAAUAUUAAAAAUAAAACUUUUAUAGAUAAUUAUUUUCAUGAAUUACAUUUAACUAUAUAAAAAAAAUGUAAUAUUGAAAAUUAUUUAAAACUGAUGGUUACAUCGCGAAUCCCAUGAGUCAUUCUCUAACUUGACCAUAUAAUGUACAUCCUGCGGACAAGAAUUUUAAUAGAAAAUAUAUUAUAAACAAAAGUUAUUUAAACUAUAUUAAAUUAUGUAUGCUGUAACGUUACGGUUUAAAAAAAUAGUAGGCAAAUAAUAUAAAAAAAAUUGACGCCGAAAUUUUAAUAAUAGCGAAUAUUUUAAAGCAGUAAAAUAAUUUCUGCAAAAUAUGAAAUUCUUGAAAAAUUGUUGAUAAAAAACAGAGAGAGAGACAUAAAUUUUUACAGCGACUGACAAUAAAAAAACUAUCGCUGAAAUAUUCCUUUUGAUAAAUGCAACAAUUGUAAUAUUCAAAAAUUCAAUAGCGAAUAUUUGCUUUGUUCCUUAACUUAAUUCAAUAGUUGUUCGACGCUCUGUAAAAUUAGCUCUGUCAGAGACAACCAACAAGAAAAGAAGCAUGAAUUCCAAUGCCGCUGCCUACCUCAAGAACCACUAAUAAAAGGAGUAAUUGGACUUCCUGGAAUGGUUGGUAUUCGAGGAUUUCCUGGAACAUCUGGAAUUAAUGGUGUUGACGGACAAAA